GCGUACACCUCGUAUCCUGUUUCAGGUCUAGCGAGCUAACGGGGAGGCACAUAUGGCCAUCGCCGUGGUUAAUGUAGUUUCCUUUGUUUACCUCAGUUCCUCCGAUAUGCGGUUAAAACGCUCUCGCUGACUAAGGACGUUCACAUUUUCCACUCGCGCUCCUCUCACCUUGAUGAGAAGUCGGAAGAAUGAUCGCAUCCCUGUCUAAAGGAAAUCUGCUUGACGUGCUGCAGGAGGGUCCUAAUGAGCAGCAACUGGCUGCCUAUGUGUCUUGGGUUAAUGCACAGCUGAGAAAGAAGCCUGGACUGAAACCUGUAAGUGAUCUACGGCAGGAUCUCAGAGAUGGUGUGGUUCUAGCACACCUCAUUGAGAUAGUGGCUGGUGAGCUGCUGGAUGGCAUUCAUUAUGUGCCACGUGAUGACCAGGAGAGGAAGCAGAAUGUGGAGAAGGUUCUGCAGUUUGUAUCAUCCAAACGGAUCAGAAUGCCACAGACAUCUGCCAGGGAUAUUGUGGAGGGGAACCUCAAAUCUGCCAUGAGGCUCAUACUCGCUCUAGCUGCACAUUUUAAACCCUCUGCAUCAGCCAGUCACAGAGCUGGAGCUGGCGUAGGCAGGAGUUCCACUGGCUCCUCAGCCAAUCACAGACCUCAUUCCACCAUGGCCAUGGCCCAAAAUGCAGCAGCAGCACUGGCAGCAGCCAGGCAGGAUGCCUCUCGGCUUGGCCGCUCCGUUUUUCAUCUAAGGCAAGAAUGGAGUCAUGGCUGCAGUGGCGAGGUGGACAGUGAGAACCCCUGCUGGAGUGUCCAAGCAUUGGUUCAACAGUAUGAGGGACAGAGAGGGACAUUUGAAGAGGAGACGGGAGCAAGAUCUACUUGCCUCAGUUCAUCAAGCCCCACCCACACUUCCAAAGACUCCGUCAGCCUAUCAGACGUGAAGGCAGGACUAUUAGACACCUUGUCCAGGGAGAAAACAAUUAAGUCAGAGGACACAGUGAAAUUGGGCCUGUGUGACCAGGCCAUUGUCUCGGGGCAUGAUGGUCUAGCUGGUGGCUGCACCUGGGAGGACAAACUGUGUGAGCAGCAGGAGCAGCUGGAGAGGGAGAUGCAGGAGGCGCGGAAAAUGGUGUCUAGCCUACAGGCUCUCCUUCUCCAUGGUUCAUUACCCGAGGAUGAGCAGGAGGUGUCGCUCAGUCUUGGUGAGGGAGUUGAAAAUGCGGAGCAGCAACUGGUUGUAAUACGAAGUCGCCUGGACCAAAGCAUGGAGGAGAGUCAAGAACUAAAGAGGGAGCUAUUGAGGUUCAAACAGGAGGCUCGCAACCUGCAGGGGGUGAAAGAUGCUCUUCAGCAGCGUAUGGCUGUGCAGGAGUCCUCAGUCCUGCAGCUCAAACAGGAACUCCUGCGCACCAGUAUGGCCAAAGAUGAGCUGGCGGGACAAAAUGCCGAGCUACAGAGGAAGCUAGAGGAGCGGAAUAGGCUUCUUAGCGAAUAUAAGAAAGAUCUGGGCCAAAAGGAUCGGCUUCUGCAGCAGCAACAGCUGAAGCUGGAUGAGACACUGCGCAAGCUGACAGACAGCAGCAGCCAGCAGGCUUGCCUGCAGAGGGAGCUGGAGCACAAGGAGAGUAUUCUCAAAGAGUUAAUGAGCCAUGCGACAGAGGAGCUUCCUGGCUCGCAAAACAACGGCUAUUCACACCCACCCGGCACAGCAUCAAAACCACACCACGGGGCUGAGGAGCUGCAGUUAGUAAGAGAUGCUCUCCAUAGUCUGAGGAACAGCUUUGGAGGUCACGACCCUCAGCAUCACACUUUGGACACCCUUGAGCAAGGUGUGGCCAGCCUGAUGGAUCGCCUCUAUGACCUGGAAACACGCCACAAACAGGAGAGGAGGACGCGAGGCAAAUCUCCAGGUCAUAAAGCGUCUCACUCAGAUCGAGACUCCUGGCCUCCUACUUCAAAAAUGGUUCAUUCUCAGAGCAGCCCUGCGUUAAACUCAUCAGCAUGCACCAAAGUCCUGUACUUCACUGACCGCUCGCUCACGCCAUUCAUGGUGAACAUCCCCAAGAGGCUUGGGGAGGUCACCCUGCGAGACUUCAAGGCUGCUGUUGAUCGGGAAGGCAAUUAUCGGUACCAUUUUAAAGCACUGGAUCCAGAGUUUGGCACUGUGAAGGAAGAGGUGUUCCAGGAUGACGCAGUGGUGCCCGGCUGGGAAGGGAAGAUCGUGGCCUGGGUAGAAGAGGAUCAUGGGCAAAGAGGGACCUAACACAAGUCAGCAAGAAGCUGUCUAAGGAAAUGGAGACGUCUGUGCCAAAAUGAAAUAACAUUGAUUUGUAACUCAAGUGUACAGAGGAUGGAGCUUUAGUGCCCUAAGAAAGUCCCACCCACCUUUACUCUAUCCUGCAUGAGCUGAACAGCAGAAUGAACCUGAAAGGAUGUGGAGGAUCAUCGUAAGGAGCACCAGAUGGAGAAAGUCCCAUCUUGCGUCCUGUCCAGACCAGUAUUACUCAAACAUAACUAUACAGAGGAUGGGAGGACAGGAUUUCUGAUCUCUUUUAGAGGUCUUGCCAUAGAACAGACACCCAUUCAAAUGCUUUACUAGCAGACAAACUCUUCACUGUGACGGAGGAGCCUUUUGUUCAGUUCACCUACUUUAAAGUAGGUUCUGCCAGAGUACUUUUUUGUUUAUUUCGAUGAACCAAAAUUGAAAUUUUUUUUGCUGUGAAUUGAGAGAAGUAGGUCAUCUUGACCGUCAGGAGUACUUGUGUGAAUGUGGUUAUGAGUCUUAAGAAAGCAGCAGUAAAAUUAUGCAAGUAUAGAGCAGAAAGGAGUUUGACAUCUGCUGUUACCUUGCUGUGAGAUUUUUUUUUAUCUUCGAUAAAGAGUUUCCCUAAAACAUACGUUAGACACAUUCUUUAUGAUAUUCUGCAAAAAA